AGGCACCUCUACCAUGACGCUGCACUGCUUGCAGUUUUUUCUCUUGCUUCUGCUUGGUUCGUGGUGGCCAGACUCAGAGCAGCACGUGGCGGGAGCGGUGCGGGUCAGGGAGCACUAUAUAGCUGCACAGAUCACUAGCUGGACCUACAAACCGGAGCCGGAGCAAAAGUCCAGAUUGGAACAUUCAGAUCCUGUAUUUAAGAAAAUUUCUUACAGAGAAUAUGAAGUGGAUUUUAAAAAAGAAAAAUCAGCAAAUACCUUUGCAGGACUUCUGGGACCAACCCUGCGUGCUGAAGUGGGAGAUACUUUAGUAGUUCACCUUAAAAAUAUGGCUGACAAGCCAGUCAGUAUUCAUCCUCAGGGCCUCAUUUACAGCAAAAAUCAAGAAGGCUCCCUGUAUGAUGACAGAACAUCACCUGCAGAAAAACGAGAUGAUGCUGUACUUCCAGGCCAGCUCUACACAUAUGUGUGGGAUAUAUCAGAAGAAAUUGGUCCAAGAGAAGCUGACCUUCCUUGUCUUACUUAUGUUUACUAUUCUCAUGAGAAUAUGGCAAUGGAUUUUAACUCUGGUCUGAUUGGAGCAUUGCUGAUCUGUAAGAAAGGAAGUCUAAAUGAGGAUGGGUCACAGAAACAUUUUGACAGGGAAUAUGUACUGAUGUUCGGUGUGUUUGAUGAAAACAAGAGUUGGCAAAGAUCAGCAUCAGUCAAGUAUACAAUUAAUGGCUAUUCUGAUGGAACGUUACCAGAUUUAGAGGCUUGUGCAUACGACAACAUUAGCUGGCACUUGAUAGGAAUGAGUUCCAAGCCAGAAAUCUUCUCCAUUCAUAUCAAUGGCCAGUCCAUGGAGCAAAAACAUCGCCGAGUUUCUGCUGUUAACUUGGUGGGAGGAGCCUCAACCACCAUAAACAUGACCGUGACUGAGGAAGGAAGGUGGCUCAUAUCUUCUCUUGUCCAAAAGCACCUGCAAGCUGGCAUGCACGGUUACCUCACUGUAAGGGACUGUGGGGACAAAGAGGUGAAGAAGAGUCGUCUCUCCUAUAGAGAACGUCUUAUGGUCAAAACCUGGGACUAUUUCAUUGCUGCAGAAGAAGUUACCUGGGAUUAUGCCCCAAAUAUUCCAGACACCCUUGAUAGACACUAUAAAUCACAACACUUGGACAACUUCUCCAAUCUCAUAGGUAAAAGGUAUAAAAAGGCUAUUUUUAGGCAAUAUACUGAUGCCAGCUUCACCAAACGCCUGGAAAAUCCUCGUCCCAAGGAAACUGGAAUCUUGGGCCCUAUUAUCAGAGCUCAGAUCAAUGAUAAAGUCAAAAUCGUAUUCAAAAAUAAGGCCAGUCGACCCUACAGCAUUUAUUUCCAUGGAGUGACACUUGCAAAGAAUGCAGAAGGAGCUGAUUAUCCUCUGGAUCCCACAGGCAAUGGCACCCAGAGCAGAGGAGUUGAACCAGGGAAGACGUACACUUACGAGUGGAAAAUUGCUAAAACAGACCAACCCACUGCACAGGAUGCACAGUGUAUUACAAGGCUGUAUCACAGUGCUGUAAAUAUUGAGAGAGAUAUAGCCUCUGGACUGAUUGGCCCACUUCUGAUUUGUAAAAGUGAAGCACUGACACAAAAGGGUGUGCAGAAAAAGGCAGAUGAGGAGCAGCAGGCAAUGUUCGCUGUGUUCGAUGAAAAUAAGAGCUGGUACCUAGAGGAUAACAUCAAGGAGUACUGCAGCAACCCAGCCACUGUUAAAAGGGAUGAUCCCAAGUUCUAUAACUCAAACAUAAUGCACACAAUAAAUGGCUAUGUGUCUGACAGCAGCGAAAUCCUUGGAUUUUGCCGAGAUACUGUGGUUCAGUGGCACUUCUUCAGUGUUGGCACUCAUGAUGAGGUCGUCUCUGUUCGCCUGGCUGGACAUUCUUUUCAGUAUCAAGGGAAAUACGAGGAUACAUUGAGUCUUUUCCCAAUGAGCGGAGAAUCGGUCACAGUAGAAAUGGACAAUGGUGGUACUUGGCUUUUGGCAUCCUGGGGCACCCCAGAAAUGAGUUAUGGCAUGAGGCUGAGAUUCAGGGACGCUAAAUGUGAGUCUGAGGAAGAUGAAACAUUGGAUGUUGUGGAUUUAACUCCCACCAAGACUGAAAGAAAGGCUGUUCCCACCUCAGCUGAGGAAGAUGUGCAAGAAAAUGAGGAGGACAAGGAGGAAUCAGAUUAUCAGGAUUACCUGGCUUCUUUUUACUCUAUCCGAGGCUCAAGAAAUGCAGCAGGUGAUGAAGAAAAACAAAAUCUUACAGCACUGGCCUGGGAGCAGUAUGAAGACACUGAUGCCUCGAGUUCUGAGGUGGCAGCUGGCUCAGGUCUGACAGCUAUAAAUAGUAGUGGAACAACAAACAACUCUAAGUUCUCAGAAACUCCUAUCACUCCUCUUCCCCCAGUCAAGGCCGAAACAUUCCAGACAAAUCACACAUCAGUCACAGCAGAAGAGGAUUUAUUUUUAGUUACCACAAGUGAUGGAGAGGCUGACUUGGUAUUUGUGAAUAGAAGCCAGAGCAACUAUGAAAUAACUCACAAUAACAUGUCCUCAGGUGAACACUUGCUGAGCAGUGGGGAAGGCCCAGUGAAUGUUGCAGAAGAACUUCCAGCUGGUGGAAAGGACAGUAAACCUUUUCCAGAUGAACAUCAAGAGCAAAGCACAGGAAGAGGAAAUUUUACCACUAAUAAGAAAAGGAAAAGGCGAAGCUCACUGGCCAUUAAGUUUUACUCUGUCCAAAAGAUGAAUGCCCUUCUAAAUCAUGUCCGAAAUAAAAAUGCCUCAUUUUCUGACAAGACUGAUGCACCUCAUUCUGUGCAUCAUACAGAGGACACAUCCAAUGAAGCCAUGGUGGGAACUGGCCAACUGCCAAAUGAAUAUGAGGAUGAUCUGGAAGAGGAGGGAAAGAGGAUGGAAAAUGCCACACACAGAGUUAACUUGACACUGGAUUUGGACCUCACAGUAGGAGAUGAGUCUAAUGCAUCCAGCCUUUCUGAACCCAGGAUAUCCAAAGAUAAACCAGCAGAUGCUUUUUCUUUAGAAUAUAUGUUAGACAGUACAAGCCCUAACUCCAGCCCUGCUGUAGUGAAGAACUUACUCGAAUCAUCAUUGCCCGGGGCUGGGAAAUAUUCAUCUAAAAUGACUAGUGAGGAAUGGAAUUUGGUGUCUUCAAAGACGAAUCUGGGAUUAGAGGCAAGCUUAGAUAAAUCUGCUGAUGGUAAGUUACAUCAUCAUGGCAGAAAUGGUACAGCAUCCAUAAAUAAGGAUGAUAUGAAGAAGUAUCAAAGGUUCUCACAUCUGAUGGGGGAAAACCAGAAAGGAAUCCACGUGGACCCAACUCAGAGAGGAAAGGAGGGAAACAACAACGAUACCUUGACUUUGUCUGGAACCUUCAUCAAGGUCCGUAGGAGAAAGAAGGAUGAUGCAAAGAUCACCUACUUGCUGAGCCCAAGGAGUAAAAACCCCAAAAAGCCCAGCAAUUCCACGGUGGGGUUUGGCCGUGCGUUGUUUCCGGGUGGGACCAACCACACCGCAGCGCCGUGUUGCACAAACGCCACCAAGGAGCCCGGUGAGGUCAGCCAGAGGGUGGAUCUGAGUAGAGCCAGGCACGGAGAGUCGCUGAACCACACCCUCACCCCGCGGCAGUUUAGGCCGUCCAUCACAAUCGGGCUUCCCCGAACCGACGGAGACUACGAAUACGUGAUAGGAGAGUCCUACAGCGACGAAAGCUUGGCUGGGGAAUACGAGUACCAUUAUGUGAGCUUUGAUGACCCCUACAUGACAGACCCCAAGGUGAACAUCAGCAGGCAGCGUAACCCUGAUGACAUCGCUGAGCACUACCUGCGCAGCAGGGGCAACGAGAGGAGAUACUACAUCGCAGCUAAAGAGGUCUGCUGGAACUAUGCAGGAUACAAGAAAAGUUCUUGGUACCUGUACGUAGGACAAAGACCUCCUUGUGCAAUGUCUUUCCAGGAAUUUGAUGGACUAACUGAUGGAAUCUAG